GAGCAAAACCUCACUCAUCUCAUUCCUUCUAAAGACGAAUAUGACAACCGAAGCGGCCGUUGAAGACGUUGCGGCGGCGCCAGUGCCAGUGCCGGCACCGGAGACGGGUUUGAAGAACAAAUUGGACAGAAAGUGGACUUUCUGGUUCGAUAACCAAUCGAAACCCAAGCAAGGUGCUGCUUGGGGAACCUCUCUUCGCAAGGUUUACACCUUCGACACCGUCGAGGAGUUCUGGUGUUUGUAUGAUCAGAUAUUCAAGCCCAGCAAGCUUCCUAAUGGUGGGGACUUCCACAUGUUCAAGGAUGGGGUUGAACCAAAGUGGGAAGAUCCUGAGUGUGCCAAUGGAGGAAAAUGGACUGUCACCAGCAGCAGGAAGGGCAAUCUUGAUACCAUGUGGCUUGAAACUCUGAUGGCUUUAAUCGGGGAGCAACUUGAGGAUGCUGAGGACAUUUGCGGUGUGGUUGCAAGUGUGCGCCAGUGGCAGGACAAACUUUCAUUAUGGACAAAGACAGCAGCAAAUGAAGCUGCACAGAUGAGCAUUGGAAGGAAGUGGAAGGAAAUCAUUGAUGUUACCGACAAGAUAACAUAUAACUUCCAUGAAGAUGCUAAAAAUCGAGGUGCAAAGGCUCGAUACACUGUAUAAGACAUUGCAGGAGGAUUUUCUCAAGCUUGUGCUGGCAAGGCUGUGUACUAUUGAUUUUUGUACCAUGUUCUAUAUGUAUUAGAAUGCACUGCGUUUCUGGGCUGAGGAGUUACUUUUCUUUUUGUUCCCCCACCCGUCUUUGGGGGCAACACUAUUGUAAUCUGUUUGAAUUUUUGAAAUGGUUAUCAAAAUUUUCAUUUGAGUUA